AUUUCAAAAUACCAAAAUGUGGGUGGCCUUCUGAAAAUUAUUUAUCUAAAUUACUAAUUCUUAAUAUCUCAUUAUUUUUUUAUUUCGCUAUGGAGAGCAUGAAACUGUAUUUUUAUUCAUAAUAGGCCUAUCGUCCCUGAUAUCAUACAAUAUAAUACCGUUUGAAACAGACGCCGGGGAGAAAAGGAUAGAAGAGUUCGAUAUCUGGUUCGACAUGACAAAGUUUAGUAAAUUUUGGUCCGGUCGCUGCAGCCGUUCAAUCAGACCUACAACAGCACUAGCUUCAUAUCGUCAUACCAUUACCACUAUGCAAUUCCCCAUCUCUAAAUAUUUUCAAAAACCGUCUUUUUUAAACAUUUUUAAUUCUUUUUCAUCACUGAACAGCACAUUAAGACUUGGUUUAUGCACUAUAGCAAACUUAUACAAUAUUUAAUUACAUAUUAUUUAAUGCUAUUAUAAUAGAUUCCUUGGAAAUACGUAAUUUAUGUGUAUUAUUCUCUAUUUUUAAGAAAAUAUACUUUGGAAAUAUGGAGACUGUGGAUGGUCCGGAUACGUUCGCUGGAAUAAAUAAAAGUGAUUUGAAAUGCGCGCUGUGUUCCAAACCUUACAAUAAACCAAAGUACCUCGACUGCCUGCACUACUUUUGUCUUAAAUGCCUCAAAAACUGGGUUAAAAAGAAUAACGGAGUGUUGAAAUGUCCCACUUGUCAUGCAACGCAUGAAGUUCCAGAAGGAGGUGUCCAAAAGUUUCCAACGAAUGGCGUGAUGCGUGGGUUGGUCGAUCACAUGACGUCGUUGGGGAAAGCCGACCCCCAGCUCUGCUCCAACUGUACAAAUGAAGCAGGACAUUAUUGUACGGAUUGCGAUUACUUCUAUUGUGAGGCAUGCACAAAUCUCCACAUGCACGCCAAACAAACGAGCAUGCACACGGUUAUUACUCUAGUUGAAUAUAAAAAUCUUGGUCCAUUCAAGCAACUGGCGACAAAGCAACUAAACUGCAAAGAUCACAACAUGAAUUUAAAACUAUACUGUGAGAAAUGUAAGAAGUCUGUCUGUUUUCAAUGCGCUACUGUAGAACACAAAAGCCAGGAGCAUGUGAUCAAAGAAGGCACUCAGGCAUUCAAGGAGUUUAUCACAAAAGCGUCAGAGCAACUCACUAUGUCCGAAGCAAAGGAAUCAAAUUUAGGUGAAAUUGAGGAAAAACUGAAAAGUACUCAAGCCUCACUUUUGGGGAAUAAAGAACAUUGCAGGACUGCUGUAGAAGACCACUUUGGUUCUCUACAGAAACUCCUUGACGCACAGAAGCAAGAGAGGUUGAGAGAACUUGAUGAAAUAUUCGAUAAAGACAUUGAGUUAAAAAAAGAUCAGUUGGAAGAAAUUGAUUCAACUAAAAUUCAAUUGGGAUCAACUCGUGAAUUAAUAAAAAUAUUGAUGAAAAGUCCCAACAUAUCAUUAACUUUGAUGAAUAGUGACAUGAUAUCGAGCAGAAUUGACACUCUUCUGGCAUUCCAGAUGAACGCGGAUUCAACGCAUUCUACCUGGAAAUUCUUUCCUGUCAACACAGUUCAAGAACAGUUACAACACGGUCAUAUCGGGAAAAUCAAGUAUAUAUCACCGGCAUUAUCGACAAUUGACAAUGUCGAAGACGUCCGCAUUUUUGUUGGCGAAAAGCUCUCCGUCACACUGACAACAAAAGACAAUGACGGAGAAGUAUGUUAUGAUGAACCCACUAAAGUGACAGCAAAGAUGACGUCAACAUCUGGUGAAGAAAACAUUUUGGAAGUAACAGAUAACAAAAAUGCAAGUUAUGAAGUUCAUGGAACCUGUACUGCAGCGGGAGAAUGGAUGUUAUCAGUAUUAAUUGACUCGCAGUGCAUUAGAGGAUCGCCUUGGAAAAUGAAUGUCGUCAAAAGUGGGUUUCAGAGUGUGACAGACCUGAGAGAUUUUUGCAAUCAUGGCGAGCUCCACAACAUUAACGUUAUCGACAAGGCAAUAUUUGCUUGCUUCAGUAGAAACAGAAAUAUUGCAAAAAUUUGUAAAGGCGGGAUUCAACUAAUUGAUUUGGGAUAUUUGCGAGGAGCAAAAGUGCUUAGUUUAUGUGGUGGGAUCUCGGGAGAAAUAGUUCUUGCGUGUCAUGAUUCAAAUAAGGGACGUAUUUUAGUCUGCAAACAAGAUGGCACAUUCGUCAAAGAAUUUGACAACCUUACAAUUGGCCGCGUUCAAGGUAUGAUGGUUAAUAAAGACGAUCAGAUUUAUAUUCCUGAUAAUGAUAGGAAUUGUGUGUUGAAGGUGUCGUUGUCAGGAGAACUCCUCGCGAAGAUCCCUUCUGAAUCUCGCUCGGACGUUCUUAAGUUUCCUAAAGGAGUUGCGAUUAUGGAAGAUGGCUCCUUACUUGUAUGUUCUUAUUGGAAUAACCAGGUUGUCAUGUUUGAUAAAAACGGUGUUUUUGUAAAGGUUUUUGUUGACACCGGGGAGGAUAUUGAUGGUAAGGUAUACUCACCAUAUUCGGUGGCGGUAGACAAACAGGGAAACGUUGUAGUUGGAUCUCUCCAACGACUGCAACUCUUUAGCAAAGAUGGACAAUUCAUCAAGCGGAUCGACGACAACUCGCAUGUACUGCAUUGUCCUGGAAGCAUAAUAUGCAGACGAAGACAGGUGAUAAUUGCAGACAAGGGAAAUGCAAGUGUGUGUGUUUACAACUAUUAGAAUCUUUUUCAAUUAUUCUUUCUUUUUUAGGCUGUCAUAAUAAGUUAUAAGUUUCUUUCACCACUCCUUCCUACUACCUUGACGUUCUUUCCUUCAAGUCCCCAACCUUUUUUCCUUUUUUUUUGUCUUUAUUUCAUUUUGCGUACCUCUUAAAGCUGGUUUUCCACUGGGCGAAUUUAUUCGCGCGAAUCAAAGCGUCGGUUCACUUCCUGAGCUC